GUCCUUGAAUCUGAUGAUAGUCCUUGAAAACUCCUUGAAAAUGACAAAACCCCAAAAAAACCUGGAAAAGUACUUGAAUUUUGAAAAAAUCUGCUUGAAUUUGACCUUUUACUCCUUGAAAAUAUUCUGUCAGUAUAUUUGCUUUGCAAAAAGAAUAAGACUUAAAAUAAAUCGGAGAAAAUGAAAAAAAAAAUCUUGAAAUUGCCGGAUCGGGUCACCUAUGCUGUGAUAGUGGUCUACGGCCGCAUUUUAUCGGUAUUUACAAGGAGUGCUAUUUCUACUCGAUCACCGUUUGUAUAUUACCGUUUCCGUUGAAAAACACACGGUGAAUAACUUGCAACAUUUUUUGCUCUUUGUGAGUGUUCUACAGUGAAUAAAAAUGAGUAAAAAAAAAAACAAAUGUCUCUACGCAAGUAAGUGGGAGGCCAUGGACGAUUAUAAACAGUGGCUAAAGCCGUUUAAAGCAGACAGAACGAAGUGCAUUUGUACGUCGUGUGACAAAAUUCUUGACAUAUCAACAAUGGGAGAGAGUGCUCUAAAAAGUCACAAAAGCGUUAAACAUCAGCAAAAUAGUCAAUCACAUCAGUCUAACAAUCAAAUUACAUCAUUUUAAUAGCCAACCCUGGUAUUAAAAAAAACCUGAAGCUGUUGAUGAAAAUAAUAACAAUGACUCGUUGGUAAUACCAGCUCCUCCUAAUCAAGCAAAUGUGAAACAGAGCAGUGUCACCACUUAUAUGACAAAAAAUAGUGUUCUCCGAGCUGAAAUUUUGUGGACUUUAAAAUUGCUAACAACACACCAAUCGUAUAAAUCGUCAGAAAAUUCUGACAAACUAUUUAGAACAAUGUUUCCCGACAGUACAAUUGCAAGCCAGUUUAAAUGUGGAGAAAGAAAGGCUGCGUACUUGACCGUGUUUGGCUUGGGUGAACAUUUUAUGUCAUUGUUAAAGAAUCGUGUCAAUGGACCGUAUGUGAUCAUAUUUGACGAAAGUCUAAAUAAGAAAAUGCAGGAGAAGCAGAUGGAUCUAUUUGUUAGAUUCUGGGAUGAUGAACUGAAGAAAAUUGAAACAAGAUAUUAUUCAUCCCAGUUUCUUGGUCAUGCAACCAGUGAUGACAUGGUAGAGCACUUCACUAAGGCAAUGUCAGAUCAUAAACUGAACAUGGGAAACUUACUUCAGAUAGGUAUGGAUAGACCCAAUGUAAAUUGGAAGUUUCUAGACAUUAUGAAACAGAAAAUACGUGCAGAUUAUGGUUCAGAUCUAAUUAAUAUUGGAUCUUGUGGAGUACACACAGUUCAUAACAUUUUCAAAGCAGGCUUCAGUGCUACAGGGUGGAGGAUAGGUGACCUCCUUUCCUCACUGUAUUACCUGUUUAAAGAUUCUUGCACGAAGAGAAGAUUAUCAAAAGAUAACUGGAUCAAAUAUACUCCCUCUGAAAUUCGUGCAGCACAGGUGGCUGGAAAAUGUUCCAGUUGUAGAAAGAGCACUAUUGAUCAUUGACAACAUCACUCAGUAUGUUAAAGCUGUUGAUGAAAAGAAAAUCAGUAACCCAGGUAACAAAUCAUUUGAAGUAGUUAAGCAAACAUGGUAAAGAUGUAUUACUACUACCAAAACUGCACUUUUUCAAGUGUAUUGCCCUCAGACUUCAACCAUUUCUAGCCCUGUACCAGACCAACAGACCAAUGGUGUGCUUCCUGUGUGAUGAUCUGUCUGCUUUGUUGUGGUCACUUAUGGGACACUUUGUCAAAAAAGAUAACAUUGAAAAUUUUGAUGAAAAACUUUCAAGAAUUGAUGUGGCUGAUAAAAAAGUUCAUGUUGACUAUAAGCAAAUUGACAUGGGUUUCCUAUCCAGCAGAUCUCUAAAGGAAAAUAAGGCCAGUGAGAGACAAAAAAUGGAACUGAAAAUGGAAGCAAAAUGUUGUUUUGUAGAGUUACGGAAGAAGCUUUUGACAAAAUCACCAGUGUCAUAUUCACUUGUGCGUUACUUAUCAUGCCUAAAUCCAGUAAAAAUGGCAAAAGACCCACUUCAGUGUAAGGAUAACUUCAGGAAAUUACUUGGGCUGUUACUUAAGAGUUUGAAGGUGCAAGAAAAUGAAUGUGAUGUUUUAAUCCAGCAGUUUAAUUCAUUCAUUGCCAGUAUUCCAGCAAUUGGAAAGGAAUUAUUCUCAAAGUUUGACAAGAAAACACAGUCAGUUGAUACAUUUUUCUUAGAGCACAUGUCAAGUGAUCAUCUUGUUCGACUGGAAAAUUUUAUUCGUGAUGCAUUUAUUAAAAAAGAGCAUCUAGUGUCUGUCUUUUUCGAUUUAGAAAAAGCUUAUGACACUACAUGGAAAUAUGGUAUUAUGAAUGAUCUUAACGACAUAGGUUUAAAAGGUCGUCUGCCAACAUUUAUAUCACAAUUUUUAUCUGAUCGAAGUUUUAAAGUGCGUGUUGGUGAUACCCUUUCUGACUCUUUUGAGCAAGAACAGGGAGUUCCACAAGGUUCUAUUUUAUCUGUCAUACUUUUUA